GCCCCCCGCCCGCCCACGGCGAUUCCGGCCCCACCGGUGAGCGAUCCAGCCGAGAUGCUCUCCUCCUCCUCCUCCUCGCGCUGCACUCCCGUUGCAAGACGCUGUCUGUCGAACUGCUUGAAUUAAUGCUUGAUCCAGGUGGUGAUCACUGUGCAGAAAUGGAGCUCCCAGUUGCAGACCCUGGGCCGGUAAGGGCCGAAGGCUUGCUUCUCCAGUGCAGCUACUGUGAUUCAGAGGCAAUGCACAAGCUCGCACAGUUCCUGCUCCCUGGCCUGGGUGCGGUAUGCGUCGACAGCACCACGGGCGACCUCUUCAAGAAGCCGUCCGUCGUCGCCGUCGACAUGAGGAAGGAGAUGGUCGACUACGUCACGCAGAGGAGCGAGACGUUCAUCUCCGACUCGCUCAUCGAAUCGGAAGCGAACCAGGACCAGGAGAACGAGAUGCCCGAGGACCCGUUCGAGAUCAUCUCCAUUUUCAUGGAUGAUUUCAGUAGCACCAAGAGGAACAUCAUUGGCCACGUCUCCGGGUGGCUGAUGAGCGACAGCCGCGAGGACAAGAUCGACGACUUCGUCCAGGAGAUGGAGAUGACCCGCUUCUGGCCGCUGGAGAGGAGAGAAGCCAUCGCCGAGGUCCUCCUCAAGAACGUGGACCUGAAGACCAAGUACCACUGCCCCGAGAAGUACGAGAACGAGGAACGCCUCGCCGAUCACAAGGCCCAGUGCAACUUCAGACCCGUCACCUGCCCCAACGAGGGGUGCCGCGCCAUGGUCUCGGUCCGCUGCAUGCAGGACCACGAUUCGGCUUGCCCCUUCAAGAUCAUCACGUGUGAGCAGAGCUGCGAGAAGCGGCUCAUGAGGCGCGACAUGGACAGGCACUGCGUCACCGUCUGCCCCAUGAGGCCCAUGAAGUGCCCCUUCGGCUGUGACUCCUCCUUCCCUGAGCGCGGCCUCGAGCAGCACUGCUCCGAGUCUCUCCAGUCACACCUGUUCAAGAUCCUCAGGGCUGUUCAUAAGAAGGGCUUCACUGAUGAUGGGCUCAAGGAGCAUGCUCUGCAGCUUGAAAAGUAUGACAAUGAUGGUAAGCUGGCUAAAUCUCGGGAUGUGAGAUCUCUAACCAAUGUUGUAAAGAAUCUUGAAGCCAAGAUGAAAGAUGGUGGUUCAAGUUAGAGUCGAUGGCAUUCAUGCUGCAAAAUGCUUUUUUUUUUUUUUUGUUGAAUACAAGCUGAGUUGAAGA